CAUCAGCCCAACCGACUAGUCAGAGUUUUGUCUUCUAAGUCUCCACAACACCGCUGCCCUAAAAUACCGUAUUUACAUUUAUGCAGCAACAAAUGGGGAACUGUAGGCUACCGUAAAGAUCUGAGUAGGUUGAUUCUACAGUAUGGGAAACCCAUGGACAGACUCGCUGUGGGAACUCAGAAGUUGUCUCUGUCUGUUUCCUGUCUGUCCCGCUGUCUCAGGUCUGUGAAGGUAAAGAUGUCUCUGAUGUCGAGCUGAAGGUACCGUCUCCCCUCGUGCGCAGGAGGGUGCACGUUGAGCGCGUGCUGCGGCUGCAGUGAUCAAAUACCUGUCAUCUCUUACUAGCUGCGCUGCGUUGCUUGAUAUUACCGACUGAACGGAGGAUUUACUGGGAACGGGAACUGAGAACAUACCGGCCCAAACCCCUCCGACUGGACACCAAUGGCUUCAUGACCCUCUGUGUUCCUAUGACUGCUGGAGUGCUGACAGGAGCUGUUUCUGUGGAUUACUUGGAACACACACACACACACACACACACCCACCCUUGCUGUACACCUCUCUGGUCAAGAUGAGAGGCCUCCUGCUGAUUACCAUUCUCCUCCUGCCGGUGGUGUGCUCCAUGUAUUCCGAGAACUCCGACUGUGUGGUCAAAAGACAGCAGGAGAGAUGUAUGGAGAGGAUCGCCCUGCACAACCUAACACACUACCUGGAUAAUGGCUGUCCGUGGAUGUGGGACGACCUGGCUUGUUGGCAGGAUGCAGCCGUAGGUGAAGUGGUAUCAGUCAGAUGCCCUGAAGUCUUUCAUGACCUCCUGAGUCCUGACGAUGAGAUUGGUUGGAUCAGUAGGAACUGUACAGCAGAGGGCUGGUCAGAAACAUUUCCUCACUACGUUGACGCCUGUCUGUCAGACGAUAACACCACCAGACCGGACAUGCACUAUGCGUCUGUGAAAGCUCUGUACACAGCAGGAUACAGCACCUCUUUGGUCUCUCUCACCACCGCCAUGACUAUACUCUGCAGGUUCAGGAAGCUCCACUGUACCAGGAACUAUAUCCAUAUGAACCUGUUUGUCUCCUUCAUGCUGAGAGCUAUCUCUGUGUUCAUCAAGGACGGGGUUCUGUACACCCAGGAGGAAGAAAACCACUGCUUCACACACACCGUGGAGUGUAAAGCAGUGAUGGUAUUAUUCCACUACUGUGUGAUGUCCAACUACUUCUGGCUGUUCAUCGAAGGCCUGUACCUCUUCACCCUGCUGGUCCAAACCUUCUUCCCAGAGAGGCGGUACUUCUACUGGUACACCGUGGUAGGGUGGGGUACUCCCACCAUUUGUGUAACUGUCUGGGCUGCUCUGAGGCUUCACUUUGAUGACACAAGUUGCUGGGAUACCAACAACACCACUGCCCUCUGGUGGGUGAUCAAGGGACCUACGGUCGUCUCCAUCAUGAUCAACUUUGUCCUGUUUGUUGGGAUCAUAGUCAUUCUGGUCCAGAAGUUGCAGUCGCCUGACAUCAGAGGGAAUGAGUCCAGUAUCUACCUGUAA